GUUUUAAAUACCCGAUGCAAAAAAGCAAAAUGGCUUGAGCUUUUUCAUUUUAUUGCGGUUCUGCUUGGGCGUUAUCGCCUGUGUUUCUAAUUAGAUUUUUGUUGCAGCCGCUAUGGGCCCGUGUAUCCGCAUUUAGUGCGUGUUCAAGUGACUCGUGCGCUAUCAAAUAGUGAUUGUUUUACACCGCGAGACGAUGUGACAGCGUCGAAUGGCUGCCCCUCCUCCACGCCGAAAUGUCAGCAGUAGGCCGCACAAGCAGCACCUGUCUCCUCUUCAGGUUCUGCUGCAAAUGGGAUUUCCAAAACACAGAGCCGAGAAGGCUCUUGCAGCGACUGGGGACAGGGGAGUGCAGUUAGCGGCUGAUUGGCUCUUAGCUCACGUCAAUGACCCCACCUUGGACGACAGCACCCCUAGAGAGUAUAUCCUUUAUCUCUGUCCGGUGGGACCGCUUCUGGAGCAGCUGCAGAAGUUCUCUCUCCAGUCUAUGCUGCAGUGUGGACGCAACGGUGCACACAACUAUCUGCCGCACAUCACGUUGUGCUCUUUUUUCCAGGCUCCCGAUGAUGCUAUUGGACACCUUAGUCGAGCACUGCAGCACGUAGUGGAGAAGCUGAAAGUGGAACUUCCAGAGUCUAUUAAGCUCGAACAUUACACCUCACAAACAUUUCUCGGACUCUUUGUGGCUGAAGAACACAACGAUGCGUUAAAAAAGCUUGCUGUUUAUUUUAUGCGAGAGGUGUCCGAAUUUAUUGUAUCCGAUAUCGGAGCACUGGAGGUGUUGGGCACUUGCUUCCCAUGGUGCUCGUCUUCUUAUGCUUCCCUUAGCAAGACUGCUUCGCGAAACAGGCGCAUCCAAGUGGAGCCCUACCUGAAGGCCCUGCAUAUCACGCUCGCAUACCAGUUUCAGUUGGAACAUUACGCCACAUUAGAAAAGCUUAGCCAAGCCAUCAACACCAAUGCUGCGACCUGCUGGGAACUCAGGCUGUAUUCACGCGACACCAGGAUAAAGGGUUGUGAGGUCCACAAAGUGCUGUACUCGCAUGUACCAAAGGAGCCUGAUGAACUAGAACUUCUCAUUGGUGACUUUGUGUAUGUGAGCGGAGAGCACCUUGGUGCGGCCACCGAUGGCUGGGUGGAGGGCACUUCGUGGCUCACGGGAGCCACGGGUUUCCUGCCCAAGAACUACAUUGAGCGGACAGCUGAGUCAGAUGCCUGGACACUGCACAGGUCCAUAACAAUAGUGAAGGAUGUCUUCAUUGAUGGCCUCGACGAUGGGGUGCUCCAAAGAAGGCCAGCAGUGGCAGCAGCCCAAGCUCCUCCAAGCCCUCAGGUGUGUCCCAAAGUACCAGUAGCCCCAGUAGCUCCUGCAUCACCUGUAGCAGCAGCAGUUGUACAGCCAGGGCCUCCGCAGGUUGCAGAAAGGGAGGAAAAGGUCACCACUCCACCAAAGGAGAUCAUUUACGAGAACCUAGGAUUUUUAAAUCAAGCAGCAAAGCAGGAAAGCACCAAGGUCAGCAUGAGUCCACGAAAGCUCUACGUUGCUCGACAUGCAGAGCGAGUCGAUUUUACAUUUGGAGCCUGGCUGCCGAUCUGUUUUGACGCAGCUGGAAACUACACACGCCGGGACUUAAACAUGCCAGCCGUGGUACCAGAGAGGAAAGGAGGCUACAUGGACUAUGCUAAGGACUCCCCUCUGACUAACAUUGGCCUGUAUCAGGCCACACUGACAGGGAAUGCUAUGUGUGAAAGUGGUGUCACGUUCAGUCAUGUGUUUUCAUCUCCAUCUCUGCGCUGCAUACAGACAUGCACUAAUAUCCUAACAGCAUUGCACUUCGAAGACAUGCUCAUCAACGUGGAGCCUGGGUUAUUUGAGUGGCUCGCCUGGUACCCCGAAGGCACGCCAGCAUGGAUGACACCUGCUGAGCUGAAGGAGCAAGGGUUCCACAUCAACCUCGACUACAAGCCGCUCAUCGAACCUGAGGAACUGAAACACAAGAAAGAGUCUGUAGACCAGUACUACAUGCGGAGCUUCUAUGUUGCUCAAAAUGUCUUGAAGAGGACAGCACCGGAAGGUGGAAAUGUGCUGCUUGUUGGCCAUGCGGCAACCCUGGAGACAUGCACUCGCCAGUUGACAGGUCGUAAGCCUCGGUCAGCAACAGAGCUUGUACAGCUGGUGCACAAGAUCCCGUACUGUGGUCUGUGCGUGGCCCAGGAGGUUCCAAACUGUGGAUCCCAGGCCGCUGCAGAGGGCACCGCUGGAGGCACUGGCUGGGCACUGGUGGCGCCUCCUAUCCCUCCUUUGACCCACAGUGCCAACACUCGUUUCGAUUGGCGCUGCAUGCUUUCAACGUGAUUGAGCUGCAUGGGCAAUGCCGCCAGGUGGCGUAGGAGAAAGUGUCAGCCCCGAGGGUCACUUUCACUCACCAGGUGCGAAGAGAAGGAGUAGUAUGGCUGUGCCGCCAGUGCAAAGUGUUCAGGGCCGGUUCGCAAGGCAAGCUGCAAAGGCGACACAUCUUUACGACUUGCCGUUUGCAAACCAUCAUUGCACCGGUGCACUGUUAUGCAAAUCAUCGAAAGGGGCUAAUGUCAACAACCUAGUGUUUUCAGAACAGGAGUGCAUGUUAACCAAAACUGAUGUUGGAUCGCACUGGUCAGUCUGGAGGAACAACCUCUUAUGUCCAGAUUUUGCAUAUUGGCAUCUGCGAGAAAAACAAUGCAAGAAAAAAAGUAGCAGACAAGGAAACACACAAACACAGCUGUGACUCUACCCUUGUCUUCGUCAUUUCUAGCACAUUUAGCACUAUAACCAUAAUGUAUUGCCCAUAAGCCCAAGCUAUUAGAGCUGCCAUGGGAACACAAAGUGCUCCACUUCAGAUCACAGCUGAGGUUGUUACAAGCACCCAGUUACCAAAAUGGGGUAUACUUUCCACCAGGCUUGUUAAAUGAUUCAAUGCCGUUGUUGCCUGGUAGCUUGAUUUGCUUAUCAAAUUACUUGCUGUUAAACGAAGCCUCAAGACAGCCCCAAGCACAGCCAGAUAUCAUACAGUAAAGCACAAUGUUGCCCAGUGAUGCUUACAUACAGGGUUGAAUAAGAACAAACUAAUCCUCUCAGCAGCCCAAAGCAGUGAAGUCCUCCCUUGAAGCUCUGUCUGGACAUGUGCGUAGACAGCAGAGCAAGAACGAGCAAUCUUCCAUGGAGCUAUAUUCGGUGACAACCUAAGAAUUCAGCAUGAGCUGCGCCCACAAUACUGCAGUGAACCUGCCCUCCAUGCCUCCGCUCUUCGAAUCAGUUAGCCCGAGAAAGGUGAAGCCAGCGCUUGUCCCGAGUUCUUCUCUGAAAGAGAGCCACACCAGCUGAAGUCUGCUCACAGCUUAAGGGCUAUUUCCUUGCUAAUGUAAAUUCUAGGCUAAUCGAGAAAUAAAAACUCGUUUCUAUCUGAAAUAUUACUUUUGGCUGAGUCCUGAUAUUGUGAACUCCCAUAAAACCUGACAAGAUGUUCAAGUUUCAUCCUAAAAACCAGCGACAUAAAGAUAGGUCUGUGCAGUGAAAUCAGCCAUCUUAUGCGAAAACGGAAAGUGCCUGAUAUCACGGAAAUGAAAAAACAUAAUUGGCUGGCACAUCUAUAGGAAUUCUCUUCGAGUUGGGCAGCGGUCCAUAUGUCGCUGCAUUUUUAGAUUGUUGCCGGCUGUAGUUGGUCAAAUACGACCAUAAAAUAAUGGGAACCAAGUCGACCAGUCCAGUCAAACGGUCUUCUCCGCCGUGGCUAAAUAAGUAACUUACUGCAGACUGGCCAGUUAAAUUCAUAGAAAUACAGUACUGCAGAUGCACUCUGGCUGUUGAAGGCCAUUGUAGAACUUGAAGCAUAUUCAUAAAAAAAACAAGGAGUGGAGUGACCACUGGUGGACAGAGUGAAUCCACUGCUCUGGGAACAAAUAGAUCAUGAUAAUGUAUUUGCAGCCAUAUACGGCUGUAACUGGCCUUUAAUUGCAUGCAGGUGCCAACUAGUUCAGCAACGAUAGCUAGGUCACUCAACAUUGAGUCUGCACAUGUGAUAUGCGUGUAAGGUGGUUAAAAGUAAACUUUAGUUUUGGUCUCGGGGCAUAGCUGUCUUCGAAACACCGGGGGUUGUAAUAUAAUUGCUCUCUCAGCAUUGUGCUUGAACUGAAAUAUCAUUCAUUGGGUACCUCAGUGCUUGCUUCUGUGCUACUAAGACAGUAAUGUAUGAGUGCUUUCAUUAAAAAUGGUCUCUAGUAGCUUUAGAAGAGUGCCGACAUGACAUUUUUUACUUUCCAUUUUUUGCUUCAAGUAAAAGUUUUAGACCUAGAAAAAAAUAUGAAUACCAAUUUGCAUAAUAGUUUUUCGGUGAACCAGUUUCAGUUUUGCUUCCCAGAGCAAGUGCCAAAAUGUCACAUUGUUCUACUCCCACUUGACUACCUUCAGGUAGUCAAGUAAAAGUCAAGUGGGAGCCGUUAUAAAACACAUACACCUCCUGGGAAAUCAGCCAGGAGGUGAUUAGCCAUUAUUUUAAAUUAUUUAGUGUGUUCUGAGGCCUAGCACUAUUUCUUCUAGCAAUUUGCAAUCAAGGUUCUUUGAAAAAAAUGAAAAGUCACCUUUAUACUCUAAUUAAAAUGUCCAAAUGCUGCCAUAUUGGACUGAUGAUACAGUAGCCGCCCUAUUUCAUUGCUGAGCACUGAAAAUGCAUCCCAACAACUCCUGUUGUUAGGAUGCAGCACAGUUGCUGCAAUCACCCACCACCCAGAGAAAGUGUGUAUUUGUUGACAUAACCCGCGCUACAAAAUUCUCAAGAAAUUUUUAAUUGAAGUGUGGGAUGCAGCCAACGUGGCUUCAGCAAAGAGGAACAGCCAUGAAAGUGGUGAUGACUGAGCAUACAAAAUUAUUCUUUUGGGGCUGUGGCUUGUGCCGACAGUUGUGCUGUGUUGUGUUCAUAAAGAAUUGAAUGUUGUUGGAUGCAGUUGCCUGCACAUGUUAUAUGUUCGUGUUUUUUCUCUUUUUUUUUUUUUUUUUUUUCUCGGGAGUUCUAAGCUGGGGCUAAUAGGUUUCGAUUCAUUAUGGCAAAACAGCACAGGCAAUAGUACGGGUGAGACAGACAACACAAUGCACUGUUUAUUUUACUAUGUAACUUUUUACAAGGGCAAAAAUGCAGAUACCAGUCACAUGCAAAGCUAUGUUAUGCAGGUUAAAUUUUGUUAAAGAGACACUUAAGGGAAAGAUUGCCUGAGCUGUAAUAGUAAAUUACUCUUCUACAACAACAAAAGAAACACUAAAUUGUGAGAAAAAACAUAGUAAGCCCAAAAAGACUCAAAAACAAAAGAUUGGUGGCAAUGAUGCCUUGAAUUUUCUGCACCAGCUAGCUGUGACAUCGCAAAUUCUAACAGUGUCUGCUCAAGCCUGGUUAAUAUUUUAUUGCUACAUUAUAUUCUAAAACAGCCAAAGACUGCAUUAAGCAAGUGUCAGAAACAUGUACUGAGCCACAAUGGCCCUAAUACGAGAAAAUGCUUUGAAAUAUGUGAUGUCACAUUGAUGCACCAGCGCUUGGGUUUUUGGCACGAAAUUCUAAACAUUAAGCUUUGACCUUAAUUUUCUCUUCUAUUAAUCAAUCUCUUACUACGAAAUUAAUGAAAAUAGAACUUUGAAAGAAUACUUUCUCUGUCUUAACUGAUUCAGUGUUUUUCUUUAGUGCCUCUUUAAUUACCUGCUGAAAUGAGGUAAUUUUUAUAUCAGCUACACGGGGGUGUCCUGAAGAUGAUGGUGCCCAACGGCUAAGUCUGAAAUAGUUCGUAUGUAGCACAGUGACAGGGAGUUGGCACGUAUUGCUAAGGUUAUCUGGGUAUUUCACAUCACUGUCAUUGUCAUCAUCAGCCGUAUUGAAGAGAAACCUGUGGCAUAUCACAGUUUCAGUCGGCAUCUCCUGUCUGUAACCGUAGCGAGAAAGUACAGUGGAAUCUCAGUUAUGAUCUUUUGCAAGUUAUUCGAAAAUGUCAUUUACCCUGGCACUACCCCAGCAUCAAGGAUGUUGACUUGAAUACUGCUGUCGUGCUGAACAAGCAAAACUGGGCUGCCGAGCUGCCCUGUGUUACAGUGAGCUGUAGUAGGGGCGGCGUGCUCACUUCAGUACGGUGGCAACGGAGAGCGCUGCGACUGCGAGUAUCAGCGUCAAGUGUUUUGCUCACAGCGCACCGUGUGUUGCAUCGGUUUAAUCAGCGUAGCUUUAGUGGUAGCUACGAUCGCUCCGUGUGCAGGUGUGUUUGUGCUGUGACCAGCCAGGACAUGCUUUAGUUUUUCCUGUGCGUGUAAGAUGUCAACGCACUGAUAUGGUGUUCAAGAUUGUAGAGUGCGGUUAAGUUCGGCCAACGAUGACACAGAGACGCCAGAACCACUGCUGCACGCCAGGCUGGGUGUACUGCAUCGCUCUGAGCUCGCGCACCGAUGUCGCUCCCUAUGUUUGCACGCAUGGAAGAAAAUUCAUUUGACAUACGACCUUGAUAUAAACCUAAAAAAUAAAAAAUAGAGAAAACGUUUCUAGUCUACAGUGCGUCUGCCAAGCUCUUAUGACAUCGUUCUCAAGGUUCCACUGUUGUAGGGAGCCUGCGAAAACAUGGCAUUCAUGAAGGCUCCCUACACAGUACACUCUACCCCACAUUGCAGCCACAAAUUGGCACCACCUCGCACUUUCGUUUUGAUUUAACAUCAGCGGCUUCACUCUCGCGGGGCCUCUGAGCACGCUACCUCUAUUCUUGCUCACUGCACCUCUGUAAACUGCUAGUCUUAAGAAGAUUUAGCUUUUUUUCACACAAACUUUUUUUUAAUGAAGGUAUCUGAGAAAUCUUUCUUGUUUACCUUGCCUAACAGAAGUACUAAAAAAAUAUCACAGGUGCAGUUGCGCACUUCAGUCAAUUUUUUUUUUUUUGCAGAAUUUUUCGUUUCCAUGUCAGUUCAUUGUGAGGUUUGUGACAUGGAUGAAACUGAGUAGCUAGUGUACCAGCGUAUGGCAGUGUUGCAUCAACAUUCGUUACCAUAAGCUCGGCUAUUAAAGUUAUGACUUGGAUUCCACUGUAUUCCUCAAUGCAUAAGGUGUAGACAUUUAGAAACAACUGUUUUGGAGAGUUGGCACCCUCGACCAAGUGGCCAGAAACAUGCUGCUUCAGCACUGGCCGCAGUUGUUGCACUUUCAUAUGUAUGACUGCUUGCGACAAAGCCUUUAGACACAGAGUCAUAAAAUAGCAAUUGUCAGUGAUGUAAAAGUAGUUUUUGCUAUUGUAAAGCCAGCUACUGCCCAAGCACCAACCUCAUUCAACGGUGUGACAAACAGACAUUCAGUGAAUUGCUGAAGUAAUGAGCUUUACUAACGAACCCAAGGUUUCCUGUGCUCAAGGAUUUUUGACGCUGUUUUUGUGUAGUUGUAGAUGCCAUGUGAAGAUGUUGCUGCUGUUGCAGUGGUGGAACUGCUAUGAAAGCUGCGCAAAAUUCCACCAAUGCUGUUGUGGGGAACAAGGGACCGUAACUGGAGUGAUCAUUUUCGGAGGUCUCCACUUUCAGCAGUUGCACUCUGCCUACACUCGUAAGAGCUCUGUGUCCAGACAAGCAGUACAGUGCCGUUCACUGUUAACAGGAGCGUGUGAGCAUGUGGCUCAAACUUUUGGAGGCACGUGAACUUUAGUUGCCAGCAGGAGCAGUGCCGGUGCACCGCGCCGACGACCUGGUUUUAAUUUUUGCCGCCUGCUUGUCUGCUGCAAGUCAUCUGCAGCCAAUCCAGGUCUCCAAAACUUGCUACAGAAGGAAAUUGGCUUGCGCCACACAGACUUGCAUGUUCACAUAAGCAGUGGGCCACACUGUACAGGCAACACCAAUACAAAAGGGAACACCUAAAUCAAAUGAUGAUUGCUACACAAGUACAAAUUAGAGCAUGAUGACUUGUUUGUGCAUUCUACGUGAAGCUAACAUUCUGAAAGGAAAUUUAGCAAUCCAAACCCACCACAGUGGCUAUAGUGUUCUGCUGCUGAGCACGCGGUCACAGGUUCAAUUCCUGGCUGCAGUGGCCGCAUUUCAGGGCAAAAUGCAAAAAUGUGCGUGUUCUUAGAUUUAUGUGCAUGUUAAAGAAUCCCAGGUGGCCAAAAUUAAUCCAGAGCUCUCUGCUACACCGUCUCUCGUAGCCAGAGUAUUGCUUUGGGAUGUUAAACCAGAUGAAGUAAUUAGCAGUUAAAAAUGCAAUUCACGUGUUUCCUCUCUGUUGGUCCACUGUGUACUUAUGUCGCCGUUUCAUUGCAAACCGUGAAAGCUGGCUGUAUUCCAUGCUUCUGAAUGUGACGUUGUGGUGGGCCACUGAAUUGUUUUGAUGGGUACUUGGGUGUUGGAAGUUAGCGGCUUUGUUUGACUGCUAACAACCCACUUGAGGUGCUUAUUGAUGUAUGGAGUAAAGGUGCAUGUCUGCCUAUUUUAAGAAGCGAAAUGAUGCUGUUCACACAUUUUGCUACAUGUGGGAGCAUCUAAGAUGUGCAUUAACUUGGAAGCUUUUCUAUUUGUUCAUGCGUAAUUUUGUAGUAUCUGGGCCUGCCCAGAUUUGUAGUAUUUGGCCUGCCUACUCCAUGCUACUUUCCGGUGGUAACUGUAAUAAGCACUGCAGAUUGAGGUCGGACCGACAAGUGCUGUUAUUUUUAAUAUGCUGUACUUGCCCACAAGGCUGUAGUUGUGCUAAAUUUUCUGGUUACUGCUUUAGAUGUACGCAUCACUCAGACCAGAUUUAUUGGGAAUGCUGUGAUGCAGGCAGAAAGUUAUGUAGUAGUUGAGUGAGUGCUAAAGCCAUUGACAAAGGAUUUGCCCUCUAUGCAAUAAUUUUAUUGUAUGACUGUAGCCUUCCCCCCAAAAUUGCUGCAAUGAAUUGAUCUUUGACUUGCUUAGUCGUGUGGCAGGUUGUUUUGUCAGAACAGAGCCAUCGUUGUGUAAUUGGCGCCAAAUGGAACACACAAGAGAAGGGUACAGACAUCAGAAUCUGUACCAGCUAGCCGAAAUUUCAGUUCUUCAGGACAGAGAACUUAUUUUUCUGUGCAAUGUUAAGGCACAAUCGUUGCCAGUGCCAAGCACAGUCAUGUGCAGUCCCAAGAAACUGCAUAAGAAAAUAGAAACACGUAGCUUACAUGGAAAUUACAUGUUUUUCAUGGCCAGUCACCUGUGCAACUUGCAUGACAGGAAAUCACUAUUGGCCAUAGGCGUGCUGUGGUUGCUUUUGCUCACCGUCAGGCUUUACAUUAUUCUUAAACUGCUCUGGUCAUACUUGUAGCCAUACUUUAAAGUUAUACUACCAUGCUUUCUUUACUUCUGCGGUUAGCAUUUCAGUCUUCACAGGUUGUGUUGAAGCAGCUGCCUAAAUCCUCGAGUGAACACUUGAGCUGCAUGAUUGGUUGCAGAGGAAACUGUCAUCCACAGCCGUUAGAAGUGUUGCAGUGCCCUUGAGAACAUUUGGCUGAAGCCAUACUUUAACAGUGGAGCAAUUUACCAUGGAGCUAGUUGACAAAAGACAAGUGGAAAACAUGGAUUCACUCUGAAUCGACCAAUAGGGAACAAAUUCUUGACCGCAGAGUGUUUCAAAACGCGCUCCAUAUCGACAAUCCGGAUUCGCUUUUAAUAGUAGCAUCGAUCCAGCAGCGUACAACUUGCAUUCGGCUAACACUGGUGAUAGUUUCUCACAGUGACAUGCCACUGGAUAUUUUGUGCACCGGAUGCAAGAAGAGAAUGACCACUGCUCACAAGCAUUUGUAUGAGGCACACUGAGUGUUGGCAUUAUGUCACCCACUGGUGUGACGAGUUACCUUUUGCACAAACUUUCCAUUUGUGAUUGUUGAUUUAUAUUAAAGCACAUGUUCCGGCAACUGAACAGCUCCGCAGGCACUUGCAGCGUACACGGCUGUUCGAAAAACAUAUGGAGCCAUGGUGACGAUCUUUCCCACACAUGCACGAAGCAAUGAACUCGCGAGGUCAGCUUACAUGUGUGCCAUACUUUGUCUGAAACCAUAACAAAGCUAUGCUGACAUUUUCAGCUAGUUCUUCUGGCUUCUUUAGGCUUGAAAUGGCUGAAAUCAUUCGGUUUGAUUAUCAGCGCAGGAAAACCUGUAGCCACAUCCACUCAGUGAGAAGAAAUAAAUUCCCUUCUGGUGAUGCUGUGAAUAAUACAGGUGGUUUCACACCGACAAAAUCAUGAAAGGAGGUGCAGGUGGGCAGGGUUCAUCAGCUGGCGAUAUGGCACAUCUGCUGGUUGUCAUGACAACCACAAUGAUAUGAUGGCAGAGUUGCUUUUCUACCUUUCUCAGCUGCCUAAUGAUAUCACCACACAUUGAGCUCCAAGUUGCUCGAAGCAUCUGCAACUUUUUCUGGCUGUGUCAAGGAAAGGGGGUUUCUAUCUUGAAUGUUUCUUGCGUUGUGGUCACAACCUGUCAUCUUCCUCCAGUGCUUGAGUUCAGCUUAGAGCUGAAAACUGUGAGUUGUUUUCGUUGCAGUGUGCUUUUGUGAAAAAACUGUGCCAUCGUAUGAAAGUUUCCUUUCCUCUGUUUAGGGACCUCUUGCUAUUCAUGAGGGGUUUGGUGUUGUAGUCCUGUUAUUUUCUUCUAGGAGAAGGUACCUUCAGUGAAUCACGAAUUGCUGUUGCCUUUGUUUUCUCUUGCAUGUAGCCCAUUGUUAAUUUAUUUUUGUGUAAAUACACAUCUUGUGCCGUGUGUGCCGAAAACCUUGUGUACAGAUUGUAGAGGUGUACAAUGAAAAAUUGUUUUGGGCAGAGGGCAACUUAUAAAACAUGUAUUUGAAAUUCUAUGUGUGCAACUGUAAAAGCAAGACAGUUUACCAUUAAAUUAUUUCUUGUUA